AUGUCCUUCUCCAACCAAAGUCAAGAAGUUUCGCUUUCAGAUUCAUUAGAACCUCCCAAGAUGCGCGAGCUUGACAAUAUCAAGCCCCAUCCCAUUACUGGCCGGCUUAUCGAUUCUUAUCCAGUCACCCGAACAAAACCAAUGCGCGUCCUAUGCCUUGGACAGUCAAGAACAGGGAUAUCAGCUCUUUUCACAGCCCUCAAGCAACUAAACUAUACCCCAUACCACAUGUCUGUCGCCAUGGGCAGUCCAACGAUAAAUUAUCGUCUUUGGCGCGAAGCACUUGACGCAAAGUUUCAUGGCAGAGGCAAAUCCUGGGGUCGAGAAGAGUUUGAUAAGAUUUUUGGUUCUUAUGAUGCUGUGCUUGAUAUUCCGGCUACAUGCUUUGUGGAGGAGCUUGUAGCUGCCUACCCAGAAGCAAAAGUCAUCGUCACGCAGCACGAUGUGGAUAGCUGGUUGCGUAACAUGAACUUGACAAACGGUCGUGUUCUACGCUGGCCUCUCUGGGACACGCUGGCGAGUUGGGACUCCGCACAUGCAGGAGCUUUUUGGGAGUUCUCGAAGAAAGCCACGCCAGCUAGUUUCCAUACCAUGACAGACUUUUCAACAAAAUCUCCCGCGAGGCAGGCUUUCCACGAUCACUAUGAGCUGGUUAGGAGGAUAGUUCCUGUCGAGAGGACACUGGAGUACCAUGUCGAUGAAGGUUGGGGACCACUUUGCAAGUUCUUGGAUAAAAGGAUUCCCGAUCAAAAAUUCCCAAGGAUCGAUGACUCAAAGAAGUAUAUCCUCGCACAUAAGAUGAUAUGGUGGAUGGCUUUUGCCAAGAUGGUCGUCGGUAUCCCCAUCACAUAA